AUGGGCAACUCUUCUUCGUCGGGGCGAGGUCAUCACGACGAAACAGUCGAUUACGGCUGUUUGGUGCCUCAGGGUGUCUAUACAGGUCCACGAGACUGGAAUCAAGCCAUCGUCUCCCAGCUCAUUGUCGCUCGUAGACUCGCCCCUUUCUACCGCCCUUUGGAAGACUACGAAGAGGAUUGGGACGAUGACCAGAUCCUGGCCGCCAGGAAGGAGCUCCCAGAUCCCGAUAAUGCUGAUGUCGUCACACGAAUAGAGGCCACCAAUGCUCCCUCAAAUCCCCACAAAUCCAAGCGGCCAGGUGCUUUAAAGGAGCCGGCAAAACCAGAGGCUCAGAUUUACAGGGGUGCAGUAGAAUGUCCUAUUUGCUUUCUCUACUAUCCUCCAAACAUCAACCACUCCAGAUGCUGUGAUCAGGCCAUAUGUACUGAAUGCUUCGUUCAAAUAAAACGCGCUGAACCGACCACAACCCACUUGGUAUCCGAACCCGCAGCGUGCCCGUAUUGUGUCCAAGAGAACUUCGGAGUUGUGUACACCCCUCCCCCCUGGCGUACUGGUCUUGGGAGUGAUGGUUCUGUGCGUCUUAUUUAUCCUUCAACCCCUGCCUUUCAUAUGAAUCUGACGUCAUGGUUUAAUCAGAGUUCUCCUUGGUCAGACUCUCAACGCGCCUCCUCGGAGCCCACAACCGUUCCUACUCACAAACGACGCCAGAAGAGUUUCAGUGCUGAUAGUCCUGAAGUUGUAACAACAGAUCAAAUACGUCCAGAUUGGGAAGCGAAACUUGAGGCCGUUCGUGCUGCUGUAGCGCGUCGCGCGAAUAGAAGAAUCAUAAUGCGACAAGUUGGAGACCGCCUCAUCCCUGUGGGUGUGACCAGUGGACGAGUUCAUGCGUUAUCUCCCGAAGAAGCUGCUGCUUUAGGAAAUGAAACUGCCGGAAGUCGACGAUCCCGCCGAAGACAAGGCCCUCAAAAUGGACAACUCGAACAAUUUAUGGGUAUGGCUGGACAGGAUCUCGAAGAACUCAUGUUGAUGGAAGCGAUGCGACUGUCUCUGUUGGAUCAUGAAGAGCAUCAGCGAAAGGAGGCGGAAGAAAAGAAGAAGAAAGCAGCUGAGGAAGCAGCAGGAGAUAAUGGCGGAGGAAACGCAUCCAACGAGUUAGAAAACGCGGCAGGUUCACAAGCAACCUCUGGUCCGGGACCAUCGACACUAGAAGCAACGUCUACCCUUCGCCCCUCGAAUUCGCCUAAUGUAUCAUCGCCCGUUUCUUCAUUAUCCAGAUCCGGAAGCCCGUCUCCUCCUAAGCAAGCUACGUUGAGUUCGCAGGAAUCACAACAGCCAGGCCGAAGGUCAUGGUCAAUUUCGAGAAGCCGAACUCCUCCACCUAAUCCUGUGCCAAACCUACCACUGAGCGAAGAUAACCAAGCUGCUUGGCGCGAUAGGUCUAGCGGCGCUCCUCCAUUUAGUACUUUGAACGCUGCUCUGACCUCAACGUCGACUGCAGCUGCUUUCCUUGGUCCCUCUGACGAGCAGAGGAAGUCGAGAUCCAUUACCCCUGAACCAACCCAUGCUCCUACGCCUUCGUCGUCGAUUCCUUCGCACCCAACACCUGCUCAGGCCUCCUUACCAACUACAACAAACGAUAUACACUCUUUACCUCUGCCGAUCACGGUGGAGGACGCUACACCGACUGUUGCUAUAGUUGAUCCUUCUCCUGACCCCAUUGAGGUUAACUCCUCUACCCCUUCUGUUCCUCCUGCAGAGCCACAUGCACCCGCUAUUAACGCGGAAGCACCUCAGUCAUCAUCCCCAAUUUCCUCGAUAACAACGGUCGAGAGUGAAACGGGUGCUGGUACUGGAGUUUCCUCUUCUAAUGGCUUUCUACCCUCCUCGCCUGGAUCAGAAAUGUCACAUGAACAAUUGUCGCAUUCGGCAACCACUAUAGAAGACCCGUCGAAGAAUGGACAGACGGCUGCUGUAUCUACCGUUGUAGAAGAACUAUCGAGCAUUCCUAUCGUUCGACCCCAGUUCACUGCAUUUUAUGAUGUCGCUCCUUUGCUACCAUUUGCAGGCACGUUUUUGGCAAAACGUUACGACCUUAGACGACCUUCAUGA